UUUGGUUGGUUGCUCAUUCUGCAUUUUCGUUUUGAUUUGUCUAUUUAUUUCUAUUCCUCUUCUUCCUCGGAUUAUUUGUUCUGUGUAGCACUCGAGAUGGCGAUAGGUUGGUGGUCUUAGCUGUCGAGACGUAGAGGGGACAUAAUAGGAGAAGGGAGGAGAGGGAAAUUGUUGUUGUUGUGAUGUUGUUUUGAGAGGAGGAGGAGGAGUCUUGGUUGGGGUAGUAGGAGCAGGGAAAGUGACAGUUUCAAUUGGAUGCUGCAGCGCUCGUCAAGUAACUUACGAAGCGAAUGUUGAGGAAAUGAAUGAUAGUGACGGCAUUUUGGUACGUGGGGCCCCUUGUGCUCGUGGCAACGUUUUUUCUACUCGAUUGCGAGCUUCGCCUGUUGCUUUGAGAAGGAAGCAGGUUCAAGUAGCGGCAGAAGAAGUACAGACAGUAUACGACAGCGCCCAUGCUGCGCAUUGCCUUGCACUUUCGAUGAAUCGAAGCUCUCAGCUGUCAUUGCGCAGCGGUCCUGUUAGAGGCGGAUGAUGUGAAGGCUUUGAAUCUGAUGCUAUGGAUUCCCAUUUUACAUUAGUAAUGCAGCAAGGGAUGUCCGAAGUCCAGAUAGUGGCCGAUCACGUUGAAAAUGAGCUUUGAGUACAUACAGGGAGAUCAUUAUCUCUCGAUGGAUAGACAUAGGUAUCCAAGUGAAUCUAUCAGGCAUUUAGGAUUCUGAAGACACACAGUUAUAUCACGGAAGUCUGCAAUUAGCAGAAGACACUCAUUGCAAGGCGGAUGAUGACUAGUGGCCUUUGGAGCCAAUUUCAGACUCCAAGGAUCUGGAGGAACUUGUCGAAGUCGAUGCGUCGUUGAAGUCAUUUUCAAUCAAAGGGCUUUCUUCUCCUCGCUGUUUGUCCAGCUUCUGAAGAUAAAGCACAAGCCUUCAACCAAUUUUUACGAGUCCAAUUUCUCUUCCCAACUGCUGAUGUUUCCAAGGAUAUCGAUAUGGCGACUUCAGCCAGUUGUUGGCGAGGAUGCUUCAACAAAAUUGGCAUGUCUCUAGUCUAUGUCAUGCUGUGCGCGGCUCUUAUCUUCAUCGGCCUCAUCAAAGGAUUAUUUGUGGGCAUUGCCGCAGCUAUGGUGAUAUUUGUGGGGCAUAUAUCAGUGACUGUAAUCCUGUGGCCCCUUCACGUUUAUAUGACGUAUAACACGAUUGCAAGGACCAAAAAGCUCGGGUUGGUAUUGAAAUUGCUCUCUCUUCUUCUGUUGCCAGUUCCUUUGUUCCUCUGGCCAGUGCUGGUGGCUGUGGGAAGCGUGCUCGUUGGGUUAGGGUACGGAUUCGGGACUCCUUUAGUUGCAACUUUUGAAGCCGUUGGAGAAAACAGAGAGUCCAAAUUUUACCAUGCGUUCGUGGAUGGAACUGUGAGCACGUUGACAGGCUCAUGUACUGUCGUCCGAGACUUCACAGAUCUCUGUGUCCACUCGUAUUGUGACUAUCUUGAUGAUUUUCGCUCCAGUGAGCCCAAAGAUGGCAAGCCUUUGGAUGUUAAGUUGUUGGAAUUACCGGCGUGUCUGGCAGUAGCAGUGCUGGGAUUAAUAGCAGAUACUCCUCUCAUUACCUUGGUAGCGGUAGUCAAGAGUCCGUUCUUGCUUUUCAAGGGGUGGAGCCGUCUUCUUCACGAUUUACUCGGACGACAUGGUGCCUGCCUAGAAGCUGCGUGUGUCCCAUUUGCUGGCCUGGCUCUUCUUUUGUGGCCUGCCGUGGUAGUUGCGUCCGUCCUGUUGGCCAUUGUCUCCAGUCCCCUGUUGGGGCUCUUUGGAGCUGUGAUUGUCUACCAGGAAGACUCGCUGCGAUGUGGCUUGGCUUAUGUGGUGUCGAUAGUGGCUAUGUUUGACGAGUACACGAACGAUUUGCUUAACUUGAAUGAAGGAUCUUGCUUACCAAGACCUCGGUACCGGAAGGAUCUCUCAAAGCCUGAUCCAAUGCCUCCAGGCACUUACAUAUCGCCAUUGUCACCUGACAAUGCUAUCUUCAGUCCAACAGCAGUUCCACAAAUGACGUCAUCACGUUCGCUCCGGCAACAGUUGCAAGAAGUCAAGCUUGUUCAGAUAUGGGAAGAUACGUUUAGAAAUAUCAACCUAAGAGGCAAGUAUCUUGUGGAAGCUGGGGUGUUGAAUACUGCGGACCUUGAUGGAUGGCUUAGGGGUGGUAAGAGUCCAAAGUGGAAGAUUGUUGCUUGUGGACUUCCUGCCUACUGCACGCUUCAUACACUUCUUGAGUCUGCGAAGUCCAACUCUGCUGGGAUCCUCCUAAGUGAUGGAACAGAAUUGACCGCAGCGAACAAGCCCCAAGAGCGUAUGCUUGACUGGUUCUUUGAGCCACUUCUGACUUUGAAAGAACAGCUACGAUUUGCAAACUUGACCGAGGUAGAAGAGCACUACUUGGAGAAGCUGGUGUUAACGGAAGGGGACCCGGUACGAAUGUUGGAUUGGGAGAACGGUGGGGUCGAGCCAGUAAACGAUAUUAGGAGAGGCGAGCUGCAAGCAUUAAGUCGCCGUUUACAGGGAAUUGCUACCGCAAUUUCCAGGUUACCAACAUACCGUCGCCAUUACAAGCGAUUCAUCAAGGGUUUGCUUCUCUAUGCUUUAGAUAGAAUCAACACGGAUAGCUCUUCUAGUGCUACAGAAGAAUCUUUAAGAUUCGAUCCAACUCCUGAAAGUAGUGUGCCAGGUUCACCGGAGAACAUCCCAGUUGAAAACAAUAUUGUUUAGCAACCAAGGAAAGCAUCUUAUUGUACGAAACACGUACAUGAAUUUUUUAGCAACCACCUCUGUACAUGGCAGGCAGGGAGAUUAGCCUCGAUCCCCUUGAAAGGCUUAAUGUAGCCUGAGUUCAGUAACUUAUCACGUACCUUUUUCCUCCUACACCAGCUUAGUGAACGAGGUCUGCUUCUAUUAGAGGUUACAGAGAACGCGUGAUUCUCAGUACACUUGUAGCCCUGUAGGACAAUUUUGAGAAAUAGCGUUACCAAUCAAGCACAUCCUUUGAUUUAAGCAAUGCCAACAUGAUUACUCAUUUGACUCUCUUGAA